GCAAUCUUGGUGCACGUUUUUACACAACUUGUCUUCGACCUUCACUAGCACUUGCCAGCAUGACUCAGCCUCUGUAUUGGCCGCAUAAAUCUUUUUUUAUCCUAUUGGAAACACCUCCCCGGUGCUUUUGACUCAGUUCCUCGCGCCAAGUGAAGACGGCAGAGUGUUACUCCUAGGUUGUGGAGACCCUAGGAAUAUCUUGUACACGAUUCAUGCUUCAAAGCUGAAUAAUGGCGAUGAGUGUCCUUCACUGGACUUCACAUGUGUGGACACGGAAAGCGCGAUUCUCGCUCGGAAUGUCAUCCUCUGCACAUUGCUAAUGGACGAAGAAUAUCGUGCCAACGCAACCCGCGUUUGCAGUAUAUUCUAUGAUUUCUUCCUAGCCGAAGACGCAUUGUCGCUACUGUCGAGCCAAUGUCGUAAGCUGUUACAGCUUUCCGGGGAUGUGGCGACCUGGAAUUCUGGACCUUACGCCCACGUUGUGAGGUUAUGCAGUUUCUACACCCUCCAGGAGCUUCGUCGAUAUUGGCAAGCGUAUCUUGACACUAAUACUACGGGCUCUUUCAAGAAUCGUUACCUCGACGGAAUGAAGCAUACACAAGAACUCAAUAAGAACGCUGUCGUUGGAGGUCGAUCCGCUGGUCCUUUAUUUGUGGCCGCUAUGCAGGUGUUGCCCAAAGCCUUCCAUGACUUUUGGGAGACUGGUAUCAUGUCUACCGAUCGUAAUGUCAUUGCAGCUGCCACGCAUGUGAACCCGAUGUUUGCCCACUGGCAUCGAGGAGAUGGUUUUGUUGCACAUCAUGCUACAUUUCCCCCAUCAGGAUUUCCCCUCGCACCCCUUUUCGCACCUGUACAAUCAUCCUCUUUUCAUCAAGAGCCUUCUAGCGCAGAUGUAUUCCGAUAUGUGAAGAAUGAAUUCCAUCGGUGGUGCAGUGCUUUUCAUGAUGUAACUCGACCAUCUCCAGCCAAGAGAGGCAAGGUGAUCAUCCGUCUCCUGGCAGGUGAUGCGUUGGCUGCCAGUUACACCCUUCGUAGAUAUGACUCCGACCAAUCCACAUCUGCGGGUCAUCGUGUUGCCACAUGGACCGCCGAACCUAUGGUUCUGGAUGGAGGAGGUUAUGCAUCUAAUGGUCCCUUCGCACCACCUUCCACAUUCAAUGUUAUCGAAACCUCCAACUUGGCGGAUCACCUUGGUAUCAUGAACAUCCUCAUUGCAGCCACACCCCUACUCGCACCUUCACCGACUUCUGCACUAUACACGGAAACUUUGCACGAAUAUGGAUCGGAUUCCGAUAGUUCCAUUACAGCGUUCGCACAUAGCCUGUGUUGCGACAUUGCCACUAUGUCAGUCCUACUCGACCUCACACCCGUACCAUUUGUCUCCACAUUCAACAGCCAUUCAAACCUUCAUGAGAUAAUAUCAUGCCUGGCCACACCUGGACAAGGUCAAUUUCAUGAGCGUACUCAUUGGAAGAUACCUUCGCUCAUGGACACAUCGUCCGACGUCCAUCCGAUCACCUCUGACCCCAAGCAACUCGCAAGAUUACUCUUUGAUAUCUACUUAAAGAUGUUCUGGUCGGAGGACUUAUCCGACAGGAUGCGUAACAUGUCUAUGGAGAAACCCCGAGCCAGAGAAGCAGCGCAUUACUCCCGACUCACCUUCGCCCUAUUCAUUCAGAGUGUCCAAAAGCGGGUUACCAUUGAUUGGCACAAUGUUAUCAAACAUCUGCUCGACCUCAUGAACUCGGACAAGACUCUGCUCAUCGGAUCGAACAGUUUGCAAGACUUCUCCUGCCACCUACAUUCCCUCGACAUGUAUUCUGUGACGAACUUUGCGCCAGUUGACCCGGCUGAAGUUGCGAGGUCGACGAAGCAGGUAGUCAAAAGAUUGCAUAUUUUUGAUAUUGUUCCGCCUGUCAUAUGCAUCGUUCUGUCUAUUCCUCGAGCCAAACUACAGGUUUUAGAAGAUCCGGAUUUGGGCAACCCUGGUGUUCAUGCUAUAGUCCGAGGGGGACAUUUCCUCAAUUACUUCACGCCCAUAUAUGCGGCUUUCGGAGAUGUCAUCGUAGGCGAAAGCCAGGAUGUGGUCUACAUUGAGGAGGAUCCUCAUGGACGACUGGGAUCAUCUUCUCUGGUAAUAUCAUUCUGGAUUCCCUCCUGGACGUUAGCGUCAACCAAAGAAGCCAUCACGGUAGCAUUUGGAGUACAAAGCACUCCCCAAACAGCAAAGCUCUCGUCCUUGCUCGGCAUGUUCAAUGAAGUGUUUUCCACGUCCCUGGACGACAUGCACCAUGUUUGGUUGGUUCGUGAGCCUCCUCGGAAGUCUACAUAUCGUGGUGCUUCCGCGACUCCCAUUUUCGUAUGCCCAUCUGCUCCAGAAGCAGAUCCUAUUUCGAUUUCAUUUAGCACCGACAACCGGGGUAUCUCGUCUUUCACUAUUCGAACAGACGUUGUUGAUACUGAGGCGAAGACGCAUCUGGCGGAACGUUCCACAGAAAUCAACGCAACUCAGAUAUCGCCGUGCAGGAUGUCUCUUUCUCUCGGAACUACUAUGAAAAAGGAACUGUCAUUUCCAUUUCCAGUGGAUGGACCCCAGGUCAAGCUGCGCAUCGCACGAAAGUCUGCAUACAUAGAGGUCGUUGCGCCACUAGCUGGUUUCCGCACGACUGGUGGGAUGUCAGUUAACAGGUUCCCAAUGAUCAAGAAUGAAACUCAGACUGCUUCAUGGAACUUGCACCUGGUGAACCUAGACAAUCUGCCGGCCCUCGACUUAAACGAUCCAACGAAGAUAGGUUGGAUGAACUUCCACGUCUCUUCCAUGAUGAUGUCCACUCGUGAACUACCUAUUCACAACCGAAGUGCCCAGAAAGACCCGCUUCUCGACGACCUUUCAGACAUAAAGGAUACCCUACAUAUCAUCCUCGCCAGUGCUUCUGGGACCUUGGAGUCGAAAUAUGUUGUUUUUGCUCUGAAUAGCGAAGAGAAAGGUGGCAUCGACAGCUUCCUUUUUGUCGCAGGCUUACGAUUGGAUCUACCCGCGCACACCGUCGUCGCCGAUGCGUUUGUCCUUCCGGUCAACCAGAGCAUACUCAAGACCGGCUUGAAAGAGGCUUUCAGCCUCACGAAUUCCAUCUUCGGUGUCAAUUUAUCCCCCGAUGAACUUAUUAUGUGGAAACGUGCACUCCCAGCGAUGGCAGAACGAUGCAGGCAUUGGACGCACAAAAUGAAAUGCUUGUACAAAAAGCAUGGCAAGAUCCCGCUUUCAACUGAAUAUGUUCAUAGUCCUCUCUGUGACUGUGGAGUCGGACGCGACAUCCAGACUCUUAUCACUAGAAAGGAAUGGAAGCCAUUCGCUCCAUAUGUCACUCGUGUGGCGAUCAGUCCACUCUUUUCCGUAUCAUACUUGGAAUCCGUUUGUGGUAAUGGAGAAGAGUUCAGACGCUCUGUGUAACUAACGCCGGACCUCGGAUUGGGGAACAUCAAUCCCUUUUGACGCAUUUAUCGACCGAAGGUGUCGACCAACGAUUGAAAAAAAGUGUCUCCUGGUGUUCGUACUGGCAUAUGCCAGAAUUCAUGGUGGAAGCCUACAUCAAACACAUCCCGGCAAGCUAGACUGAAGAUUUGAAUAGAAUACUACAAACGCUGGAAUAUUUCAAGCUCAACAGGCUAGGCGAUGCAACUGCCUUUGUGCAGUUUCCAGUGUGCGGUCUGGCAAGCUUUGCUACAGUAUGCGGAAGUCUUGCAUUUACUGCAGACCAAAAGCUUGACAUUACGACCAGCGUAAACACCGCAUUUUGAGCAUUGAUUCAAAGGAGGCUCGCCUUUCAUCUCCAUGAACUUUUGAGCCAGUUCUGCGACAGCACCACCAACGCUUUCCACAUAGGAAACCGGGAAAAGAGGGCAGAUUGCGAUGCGAGUCACAUAUGGGGCAAAUGCACGCCAUUCAAUUCUUGUCUUGAAAGUGUUGGUGUCCAAUCCGCGACCGCACUCGCAUAUCGGGAUCUGACUGUACUGGACACUGAUAGGUAUCCGCUGAGAUUGUCUGUACAAACAAUCAUCCUUGUGCUCCCAGGUUCUACAACGCUCUACCAUAGCUGGAAGUACUCGUUUCCAAAGUAUUAGCUCAUCAUGAGUGAUUCUGACUUGCACCACUCCCUUGAGACGUCCCAGCGCCUGCCUGAGAUUUCC